UAAUAAUCAGUAGCAAUCGUCAUAAAUUAUUGUACUGACGUGAACAACUUGAUUUACUUAGUUUCAAAAUGAAGUUCUUUUAUUUCUUAUUAACUAUAUUAUUGAUUGCUUUAUGUGAAGCUAGAGAUCCGAAAUGUCUUCAACCGACUGACCCUGGGAUAUGCUUUGGUUAUAUGCCUAGGUUCACGUUCAACAAUGCGAAUGGAAGAUGUGAACCUUUCGUGUAUGGAGGUUGUCUGGGAAACGAGAACCGUUUCGCGACUUUAGAGAGUUGUCAAGCGGCGUGCCACUGAACUUCCUGAAAAAAUAUUAUGUCAUAACAUGAAUUUAUUUCAAUAAAUUGCUUGAUAAUAAUUUAA